UUCUCACACAAGCGUAUUCACACUCACGGAAGACUUGCUGAUAAAGACACAUACAAUCAAGACCCUGCGAUGGUAAAACUCUUCAACAUGGCAAAGGGUAAAGAUGAGCCGGAGCUGCCCGGAGCUGGUGCGUCCACCUGUACCACGGUGGUUGAACAAACUGAAAAGUCCAGUGGUUCCACUGAAAAGAAACGCAAACUCAAGAUAAAAAUCUUGAACAAAUUCAAAAUAAAAUUAUUUCAAAAAUCUCAUGGGGACACCCGAUCAGAGUUCCCAGUGGUAUUGGAUUUCAAACAGAAUCUACAACAACAUCAUUUGGCAGAAGCUGACAGACAGCUUUUAGAACAGGAGGUAGACCUCUUCAUCUCAGAAUCACCAGAUGAGCCAGGAGUUUACACUGAGGGUGAUGAGGACAAGUUACAGAUGGACUAUGAGAGCCUUAUGCUGCAACUGAGGAUAGCCAUCGAAGACUCCUUCAAGAAGGAGAACCAGGAGAUGCUGAGGAGUGCUGUGGCCACCAUACUUCAAGAGGAGCAGCGAGACAGACACUGGAUGGAGCUGGAAGAAGAACAACGUCCCCGUUGGAGGCCCUUGAGGUGCCGACAGAUCCAUGACACUUUGCUCAAGAAGGUGGUGGAGAAACGGUUGCAACAGGUGAGAGAAGUAGAGCGCGGGGCUAAUGACCUGUCCACCUCCCUGAAAACAGAGGUCUGCCGUAUGGGCAAGCAAAUUCAGAGGGACCUGUUAUUAGUGGUUAAAGAGGUGCAGAGAUGCUACAGCCCAGACUUUGAUGUGUGCAACAUGUAUGCUCAGCUCUACCAUCAAGCUUUUUCCACCAGACUCAUGGAACUGGCUCGUUCCAACAUCAACUUGGAGGAAUGCACCUACAUCUUAAGUUGGAUUAAUACAUAUUAUCCAAAAGAUGUGUUGCAACAGCAAGAACUGGAAUCACACAUAAAUAGUAAAUCACUAGGAGCUUUAUUGCCAGAAGAAGAUUUUAGAUCAUUGGAGGAGCAGUAUCUGUCACACACAGAGGCUGACGUCAGGACAUGGUUGUCCAAUGGCCUAAAAAAAGAGGUGGAAAGUUGGAAGAAUGACAAAGUACCUGAGCUCAUCGAUGGAUACUUCUUUUCCUAUCUCGCCUUGGAUAUUAUAAAUCUUGUCGAUGGAGCCAUGAGAGUAUUUCUGAUUACUUUGGGUAAUGAGGAUAAAUGUCACAGGCUUCUUCAUCAGAUGGAUACUUUCCUAGUAAGCUAUAAGAAAUGCAUAGCUGAUCUCAUCAAAGGGAAACACGAGAACAUCGCAAAUAUUGUCAAGGCAAAUCUGGUCAGCAUCAAAGAGUUAAGGAAGUAUAUAGAGGAGAGACAGAAUCUUCCAGAUAACAUGAAAGCAGCUUUGUUGUCUGGAGCAGCAGACCUGAGAGACUCCUGCCACAAAUACCUCCUCAGUCCGAUACACAGUGAACUUAAGGAGCAGUACCGGAAGCUCUGGACUCCGGCCUGGUUUUCUGGGAAUCAUGAGGUAGCUGGAGAUCUGAUUAGCACUCUGGAGAAUAAGUUCCAGCAUUUCACAAACUUAAAAUCUUCCUGCAAGGAGGAUUUGUUGAGUCAGCUACAUUUUGAGGUGAUGACUGAAUAUGUGAAGAGGAUGCUGAAGAGGAAACUGAAACUAAAAGACCAAGACGAGCAGAGAGCAGCUGCAAGAUUUCUCUGUGAGGACAGCGACAGAAUCAACACACUGUUUACUAAUAAUGGGUCCAAAGAGAAGUGGCUCUCCAGUGUCUUACUACGCCUGGCUGAGGUGGUAAGGCUCCAGGAAACUGAUGCACUACAGCUUGAAAUUGCAACACUGGCCAGAGCCUAUCCUGACCUCAGUGAACGCCAUAUCCUUGCCCUCCUGCAAAUAAAGUCCAACCUCUCCAGUUCAGAUGUGCGUAGCAUCAAAUACAGUCUAACUGAGAAUAAGGAUGCGCUGAAUUCUGAGCCUGUGCCACACUUCUUCAGCCAAGUGCCUCUCAAGCGAACAUUCUUGUAGCUGUCUUUUGUGGAAAGACUGCAAUCUAUUAGACAAUGCUGUGGUCAGACCCUCUGAAGUGCUUCAUGUGUCUGUAACUGAAUAUACUCUGCUAAAGCCGUGAUAAAAUGGAGCAUCAGUAUUGUUAUAUGCUAACCUGAACACAAACAUGUUAAAUGUAUGUUACUGUAUCGGUUCCUACACCUUUUGAGUCAUUUAUAGCAUCUCUAACUGCCACCACUUUAGCUAUGUGCAUGGCUUUAUGUACCACAUUUUGCUGGCUCAGUGCUGGUGAUGGUACUUUUCUGUGCAUGAAAAUAUAAAGAAAGACCUUUUAUUUUCAAAUGAGAAGCAAUCUCUAUUUACACUAAUACUUUGAAAAAAAAAGAUCAUGGUUGGUUAGAUCCACAAUUUUAUUUUUUUUAAACAGCCUUUACUGUAUAUGCGAUUCAGAUAUGAUGAGGCAAUAUGGGUUUAUUGACAGAGGGGACAUCCAAAGCCGUGGUCGAGAUACAAAAACAGGUCAAUAUCCAGAGCGGGCAAAAACAGUACAGUUGGACUGGACUAAGGGCAAAACGAGACAACAGCCCAAAGUACAGAUAGCUUGACAGCAAUCCCUAAAGGCAAACAAACCAUAGGGGAACUGAGCUAAGGCAAAAUCCAGAGACAGACACAGGUUGGUUAACCAAAGAGAAAGACAACAGAAACAUUUAGUAUGCAGGAAUGAACCAUGCCGGUAUUUGCAAAGAGUGAGUGGACAUUGAAAGGUUAAAUCAGUAAACGGAAUUAGAAACCACUCAAUAAUCAGGGGAGCCAGAAUGCAGAAACCGGCCGGGACUCUUGGCGUUAGAUGGAGUGACUGAGUCAGUGGCACGGAGCGUGAGCAAUAUAAAAGUUCCUUUCCUUUCUUCAAGAGAGUUUGUUUGUAUUACAUAGAAUAAGAAAUGUCAUUCAUUAUUCAUGUUGAUAAAUGAGGCAUAUUUAUCUUAAGACCAAAAAUAUAUUAUAUUAAUGGACCUCUGCUGAGUACUUUCAUCUUAAGCAGAGUAGAUUUCUUUUUGUGUGUGUGCCUGUGUACUAGGUAACCAGUCUGGACUUUUGAAAUGUUUUUCAAUGUAUUUUUAAGUAAUAAAGCUCACCUGAGACUCA